AUGAAUAAAUUUCUAAUGUGUUUAUCAACAUAUUGUAAAACAAUUCGUCAUAUUUAUUUUAAUUAUCAUUUUGGUGAAUCAACAUCUAGAUGGGUUAAUUCAAAAUUCACGCGUCAUAUUCAAUUUUCUUUACGUAUGGUUAUUGCUUUUUCUCUUGCUGCUUUUAUUGCUUAUGGAACAAGAUUAAGAGAUCAUUUAACACUUAAAUUUAUGAUACCUGGAAUGACAAUAUUAUCAAUUAAUGAAACAUUUGGUUUAACAUUAUCAACAAAUAUUCAAUUAAUAUUAAUAAUAAUUCCAUUAUCAAUAUAUUUAUUUAUUCUUCAAAAUAAUCGUCUUUUAUAUCAUCAUUAUAUGUUAAAUGAAUUUUUUUAUUUAUUAUCAUCAUUAAUAAUAUCAUAUAAAUGUACAAAAACUCCAACAAGAAAAUUAAGUUUAUUAUUUAAUACACUUUAUUUUGUAACUAUUAUUAAUAGAAAUGAAAUUCCUAAAUUUUUUCCAUUUGAAUUACUUGAAGAAUUUAUAAUUGGAAUAUUUUUAUCAAUAACUAUUUCUUUAUUUAUAUUUCCAUUAUUUGCAACAUUUGAUAUUGAAAAUCGUGUUAAUUAUUGUUUAUCACAUCUUCAACAAAUGUAUCAUUUAGUUAUAGAAGCUUUUUUAUCUGAAGAUCAUAUAAGUGCGAAUAUUUUACUUUCUCGUGCACAUAUUAUUGAAAAAAUGAUACGUAAAACAAUGAUUACUACUCAAUCAAGAUUUUCAGAUACUAUUUAUGAACCAUCAAGAUUAUUACAAAUUAUAUUUAAUAGAAGAAGAAGAUUUAUUAUUGAUUUAACUAUACAAAAACAAGAAGAUUUAACAACAUCAUUAAUGUUAAAUAUAUGUUCACUUAAAUUAUUAGUUAAACAAUGUUCAUUUAAUAAAUAUCAUUAUGAUUGUAUUAAUCAAUUAAAAACAAGUUUAUUAAAUUUAAGUUCAUCUCAAUCAUUAUUUAUUUCAUGUUUAAUUCCUCAUUCAUCAAUAACUCGUUAUGAAUUAUUAAAUAAUUUAACAAAUCUUCAAUUAAGUUUUGAUACAGUUCGUUCAUCAUAUAUUGAAACUCGUCUUCAUUUAAUAAAAGAUACAUUUCAAUCAUCAAAAAUAAUUCAAUCAGAAGAUCAUUUAUUACAUUCAUUUUUUCUAUUUCAAUUAGGUUCAAUUGUUCGAUUAUUAACUAAAUCAAUAUUAAUUAAUAAAAAUACAAAAAUACAUAAACGAAAAUUUUCAUUUAAAAAUUAUUUUAAAUUCGAUUGGUCAAGAUUUAUAUUUGCAUUAAAAACAAUCAUUAUUAUUGGAGUUGGUUCAAUAUUUGUUAUCAUUCCAAAUAUAGCAAAGAAAAUUGAACAUGGUCAAUGGAUUUUAAUUGCACUUUGUAUGACACAAGGAGAUACUGUUGGAGGUGCUUUUACAACUAUUAAAAUGAGAUUAAUUGGAACUUUAUUUGGUGCUAUGUGGGCAUAUGUUACAUAUUUAUCAGCUGGAAAUGAUCUAUUUCGAACAAUAAUAAUGCUUUGUCCAUGGAUGUUCUUUUGUGGUUAUAUGAAAUUAUAUCCUCAAUGGGGUUAUACUGUUACAAUAGCUGCAUUAACACCAAUUAUUGUUAAUUUAGGACGUUUACCAUUUGCAGAUUUAUUACCAGCUGAAAAUUAUGUACUUCUUAGAAUUCAACAAAAUGUUAUUGGAAUUAGUAUUGCUCUUGUUCUUGCUAUUAUCAUUUUUCCACUUUUUGCUAUUGAUCUACUCAAAGAAAAUAUUCACACAACAUUAGAAUUAUGUCGAAAUAAUGUUGAAUCCAUAGUACAUAUAUAUAAUAAAGUAUUUCAUCAUGAAGAUAAUCAAGAAAAUUUAAUAGAUUUUUCGACAUUAGAUGAUAUUAAAUAUUAUAUUAAUAAUCAAAGACGUACUUUUCAUAAAUUAAUAAGUACUCAACGAACAUUAGUUGGUUAUGCAUCAAUUGAACCAUCUUGUUGGUGGCUUAAUAAUGGAUUUUCAACUUCACGUUAUAAAACACUUGUUCAACAACAAAUUGAUAUUUAUAGAAUGUUAUAUCAUAUUAAUUUAUCUUUAUUACGAAUAAAUGAAUGUUCAAAUAUGGAUAAAAAACAAGUUGAAAAUCUUCGCAUAUUUGCAUCUGAUGGUUUAUUUCUUCCUGAUCUUUAUAAUGAAAUUCGUAAUUUAAGUAAACAAUUAAAUGAUUGUUUUCAAGUUUGGUCAUCUUAUUUUUAUUUAACACAAACAAAAUCUUAUCAAAUCCAUCGUGGUUCAAUUUAUCAUCGAAAACAUUUACUUAAAACUGAUUUAAAUAAAUAUGAACAAUGUUUAACUGAACUUCAUCAAACUGUUGUUUAUCUUCAACAAGAACAUCAAAAAUCAACAAAUCAAUUAUUAAAAUAUUAUUUUCAAAGAUUUUUAUCUGGUGAAAUACCUGAAAAUUUUGUUCCAUUUGUUAAAAAUGAUCAAGCUGAUUCAAUAUUUAUUGCUAUAUCAGCUAUGUAUUAUUCAAUAACACAACUUGCAAAAGCAGCUUUAGCUUUAGGUACAACAAUACAUGAUGUUUUUGAACUUGAAACAACUGAUUUAUAUCGACCUUUUUAA